AUGAGUCUCCCGGAGGACCAUUACAACCAGGCGAAUGGAAACUUUGCUCUUACCACGAACGAACAUAACCAUGGCAGUGACGACUGGGCUGCCACGCACAGUAGGGGGGAAGGGUACAGUUCAAGUCUUUUACCCCCAACAGGUCGAGGACGGGUUGAUGAAGCGCCCAUUCCUUUUGAUGGGACCCAUACAGAGGGAGGAGGAAGGAGGAGCGCCAACCCGCAGCAUCCCUACUGUGAAGUGAAUGGCAACACAAGUCACCACAUGAAGAUCAGGAGAGGAAAUAAUUUCACAACCCAUGCCUACCCCUCUGACCGAUUUCGCCGCUCACGCUACCGACCAACCAGAGGUGGACGUUCAAAUGGGAAAUUUUUUUUUGCAAAUAAAACUCUAUAUGCGGCACCGCCUCCAUGGAGGGAGGAGACCCCACACGAGGGAGAUGAAGGCGCGGUGCAACGUGAUGCCUCUUCUUUGAUUAACCAUUCUGAGGAAGGGAACCUCCGUAAGGGGCAAAAGAGGAAGUGGACGCAGGUACCUCCGGGGUGGGACCCCACAGAAGAGGAGGACUCCACUAGCCACAGUGACUGCGUCAAGGAGGGGCAUCACCACGAAGAGCAGAAGCAGCGGCAGCGGCAGCAGCGACAGCAGCAGGAGGAGGAGGAGGAAGAAGAAGAAGCAGAAGAAGAACCUCUGAGCCAAUUCACCCACCCCCAAAACCCAAGGAGCAAAUCCUACAAUGAAAUAACCUGCAGUAUAUUAAAAGACGCAGCUGCAUAUUUUAAAAAUUGCAGAGGGGCAAAGACGGCAGCCAACUCGGACGAGGACGAAUUAGAAGAACAUGAAGAAGCAGACGGAGUGGUGAAUCAUUCACAAGGAGCCCUGGGAGAAAAUCCCCCAAGUGGAAACCUCUGCUGUGUGUGCCACACGAACGAAUACAAAUACAAGUGCCCCUUCUGUGAAGCGCGCUCCUGUUCACUCAUAUGUUCAAAGGAACACAAAAAAUUAAAAAAAUGUAAAAAUAAAUUAAAAAAAAAUUUAAAAGUAAAAAGAGUCGCAAAACAUAACUUUGAUCAGAACAUGUUACACAGAGACUACAUAUUUCUUCAUGGGGUCGAAUCAAUUCUUCACGGGAACUACCGCUUCCUCAAGAUAAAAGAAAAUGAGACAACCAACAUAUGGCUCUACAGUUAUAAUAAAUUAACUAGCAUGUUGAAAAAAAGAAAAAUUUUUUUACUCAAGGCACCUCUGUACACCAAGCUACAUCAAGGGAAUAAAACAACCAUCCGCCAUGACAAUAUCUGUUGGAUGGUAAAAGUUACCCUCGUGAAUGACGGCCUGUUUGUGACUCACCAGGACGUGAGUGAAGACACAUCCCUUUUACAACUCCUUAAUUUGACCCUAGCAAAAAUGCAGAAGAGGAAAAAAAACCUCCGAGUUAACUACCUCGACUAUGUGAAUGCCAUACGUGUAUCUCUCAACAGUGUUGAGUUGAACACGGGGACUAAAAAGGAGGACGCUUGUUUUUGUGUUCUCCUCAAGGUUAGUGAAGUCCUUCGUGGACAAGCGUUUUAUGAGUACCCCCACCUCAGCUUUGAAAUUGUCUUCCAGGACGGGGUGCCCCUCGAGAACCCCUCCUACGAGGCGGAGGGGCAGGCAAAUGAGGACAUGAACGACGCAGCUGAGGAGGGGCAGGCAAAUGAUGACAUGAACGACCCAGCUGAUGAGGAGGACAACCCCAUCUGUGAUGAACAAACGAAGGGGCAAACACACGCGGAGGAACAAACCACCCCCCCUCCGCAGCAUUGA